AUGAAAAUCACUUGGAAUUAUUAUUACGGCAUCAUCUACAAAUUAUCCUCGCUCACCGGCAUAUGGCCGUAUCUGGAACCGAGAGCGAGGUUGCUACGCGUCACUCUACUGUCCGCCACGUUGUUAACUAUAUUCGUUCCGCAGAUGGCGCAACAGUUCACCUGCGAAAAGGAUCUGCAGUGUAUGUUCGAGUCGAUGACGUCGCUCCUCAUGACCUGUACGAUUUUGGUGAAGGUGUACACGUUCCACCUAAACAUUCCUAAAAUCAAAAUUUUCACCGAGCACCUGUUCAACGACUGGAAAGAACUGGAAACCGCCGAGGAGUACGAAGUCAUGAAGUCGCACGCCGAUUAUUGCAGACGAUUCUCUUUGAUAUACUCGGUAUAUUGCUUCAUGGCUGUGUGGGUGUUCAUGUCGGUAUCGAUUGUGCCAUCCAUACUAGAUAUCAUAUGGCCCCUCAAUGAAUCCCGUCCCGUACUGAUGCCGUAUCCCGGAUACUACUUUACGGAUAAUAGGGAAUACUUCAUUUACAUUUUCGGGCAUUCUCUCGUGGCCUGGGAGAUAAUUAUGGCCGGCGUAGUCGCUCACGAUUGCUUGUUUGUGACUUACAUCGAGCACAUUUGCAGCAAAUUUGCGGUGGUCGGAUUACGUUUUAAAUAUUUGUUCUGCGAUCUUGGCAAAACUGUGGAAAACAUAAAUACUGAUCCGGGCGAUACGUAUCGUAAGAAAGUCGCUCUCUUCGUGCACACUCAUCACCAAGCUUUAAAGUUCGCGCAGAUUCUCGAGAGAACCUUCACCGUGCCUUUCGCGCUACAACUGAUCUUCGUCGUGUUGAUAAUGAGCAGUACCUUGCUACAAAUCACGAAGGAGUCCGACCUGUUGGAAAUAACGAGGUACGUGUUAUACGUCAUUGGGCAACUGAUCCACUUGUUCUGCCUCAGCUUCGAGGGACAGAAGCUGAUAGAUCACAGCCUGCAGAUGCGCGACAGAAUAUACAACAGUUCCUGGUACGAGGCGCCCAACAAAUCGCAGAAAUUGCUCAUACUGGUGAUGAUACAGAGCCUUCGGCCGACUUGCUUGAGCGCCGGCAAGAUUUACAUUUUCUCCUUGCAGAGCUUCACCACGAUUCUACAAACUUCGAUAUCAUACUUUACGGUACUUUCAUCCUUUCAAGUCGAUCACCUACUCGAGCCUCAGUCAACGAGAGAACGGUGCAGCAUAUCCGCGGCAAGAAUGAAAAUCACCUGGAAUUAUUAUUACGGCAUCAUCUACAAAUUAUCCUCGCUCACCGGCUUAUGGCCGUACCUGGAACCGAGAGCGAGAUUGCUACGCGCCGCUCUGCUGUCUGCCACAUUGUUAACUAUAUUCGUCCCGCAGAUAGCGCAACAGUUCACCUGCGAGAAGGAUCUACAGUGUAUGUUCGAGUCAAUGACGUCGUGCCUCUUGACCAGUGUGGCUUUGGUGAAAGUGUACACAUUCCAACUAAACAUUCCUAAAAUCAGAAUUUUCACCGAGCACCUGUUCAACGACUGGAAAGAACUGGAGACCGCCGAGGAGUACGAAGUCAUGAAGUCUUACGCCGAUUAUUGCAGACGAUUCUCUUUGAUAUACUCGGUAUAUUGCUUCAUGGCUGUGUGCGUGUUCAUGUCGGUAUCGAUUGUGCCACCCAUACUAGAUAUCACACGGCCCCUCAAUGAAUCCCGUCCCGUACUGAUGCCGUAUCCCGGAUACUACUUUGUGGAUAAUAGGGAAUACUUCAUUUACAUUUUCGGGCAUUCUCUCGUGGCCUGGGAAAUAAUUAUAGCCGGCAUAGUCGCUCACGAUUGCUUGUUUGUGACUUACAUCGAGCACAUUUGCAGCAAAUUUGCAGUGGUCGGAUUACGUUUCAAAUAUUUGUUCUGCGAUCUUGGUAAAACUGUGAAGAACAUAAACACUGAUCCGAGCGAUACGUAUCAUCAUAAAAUCGCUCUCUUCGUACACUUUCAUCGCGAAGCUUUAAAGUUCGCGCAGAUUCUCGAGAGAACCUUUACCGUGCCUUUCGCGCUGGAACUGAUUUGCGUCGUGUUGGGGAUGAGCAGUACCUUGCUACAAGUCACGCAGGAGUCUGACCUGUUGGAAGUGACGAGAUACGUGUUAUACGUCAUUGGGCAAUUGAUCCACUUGUUCUUCCUCAGCUUCGAGGGACAGAAGCUGAUAGAUCACAGCCUGCAGACACGCGACAGAAUAUACAACAGUUCCUGGUACGAGGCGCCCACGAAAUCGCAGAAGCUGCUCAUACUGGUGAUGAUACAGAGCCUUCGGCCGACUUGCUUGAGCGCCGGCAAGAUUUACAUUUUCUCCUUGCAGAGCUUCACCACGAUUCUACAAACUUCGAUGUCAUACUUUACGGUACUUUCAUCCUUUCAGUAA